GCAACGCUCGAGAGAAGCGGAUGAGACGCUGGACACUGACAGGGUGCCAGUCACAUUGGGAUCGCCAUGGGACGAGCGGUGCCUGCUGCUGCUGAGACCGACGCGUGUAGCAAGAGGUCAAGUCAUGCCGUUCGGGAGGACGGAUGGAUGGACCGGCUGCCCAGUAUUCCGGCGGGGCUGAGGUUACCGCAGGCACUCGCCAGUCGCACCACAGUGCUGCUGGUCACACUGCUGGCCGGCUGCAUGCUGCUGCUGUACUCGGCCGGCUCCGGACACAUGAGUCCGGCCGCGCUGGGCCAGCACUACAACAGGAUCCGCGGCGUCGCGCACAGUCGGCUCCGCAGCCUGCUGGACAGCAGCGCCGGCAGUGAGCCGCUCAGCGCCGUCUACUGCUCGCAGGCGUGUCCGUGCGCCUGCCGGCCGUGGCGCGGGCCGGAGGACGGCGAUCCUCCAGAGCCGACCGUCUCCAACUGCGGGCAUACGGCCGACCGGCGCGGCGCGGGACAGAACGUGCUGGCCUACACCUUCUUCGGCGACAAUGUAACCGCCUACUUAAGCGGUAUCGAGCGGAACGCGAUGCGUGCGCUUUUGUUUUACCCCGGCUGGACAAUGCGCGUUUUUCACGACGGCAAAGCUAGCUCCUCAGAAUGGAACAAUACAGCCUGCGAAAUUAUUUGCAAGUUUCGCAACGUAGACUUUUGUGACGUGCGUCAUCUGCCCGGUCUGGGAGAUAUCAGCAACCAGUUUGGCGGCGUCUGGCGAUUUGCCGUCAUCGCAGACGAGUCUGUCGAACGGUUUGUGGUGCGAGACCUCGACUCUAUACUGACGCAGAGAGAACGCGACGCAGUCAACGAAUGGCUUGAGUCCAACAAAACGUUCCACGUCAUGCGGGAUCACCCGUUUCAUGGAGAUGAGAUUCUGGCCGGCAUGUGGGGUGGAUGGAACCGCUACAACGACAAGUACCGCCGACUUCGUCAGCAGAUGAUCGGGUCAAUUCGCCCCACCAGAAAGUUCAACUGGGACCAGACCCUUCUGAGAGACGUCCUGUGGCCCGAGAUGGUCCGAACUGGCGACCUCAUGUCGCACGACAGCUACCAGUGCCAGAAUUUUCCAUUCACACAGCCGUUCCCGACGCAGCGUUACAACAUGACCGAGUUUGUCGGCUCGCAGUACACCAGGACGACGAUCAGUGUGCAGAAGGAAUGCCCCUUGGCCUGCAGGCCUCCGUCGCAUAUGCACUGGUUGUACUGCUGAAACAACAAAAUGGAUUUCUCCAUUCCUCCGCAACCCAUGACAUUUUUUUAUAGGCAUUAGCCGUUUUCACGACGGCCAUCUGGUACACAUUUGGUGCACAUCUGAUACAGAUCAGGUGCAGAUUUGGUCAAAUCAGGUUCAGUGUGUCUCUUAGUAGCUAUCAGCUAGGGUUGCACUAAUUGCUUAUAUGCCUCCUUUGUCAUAUUACCAGACAGUAUCAUCAAUUAAAACACUGAAAUAAAUUCAUAAAAUAAAGAUAAUUGCUGUAAAAGAGAUAAGUGCAGAUCUGGUCAAAUCAGGUGCACUCGCCGGAUAGCCCGUCGUGAAAACGGCUACUAUCAGCCAGCAAUGGAAAUUAAGUCGCAUUUAUAAACGCACGUGCCGAUUUUUUCCAACUUCAUGUGCUUAAAGUCCAAGAUUUGGCAAACCUCAUGAGCACUGUAAUGAGUUGUUGGAAACUUGCCCGCCUGCCCUCCGAGAUGGUCGACAUGACCAUCAGCCACCUGCAGACUGUGCUACUGCUGGAGCUGAUCCGCCGGAAGGGCGCUCACAUUGAGCAUCUGCUUUGAGGAGCUGCCGCGACUGACCAGAGGGUGUACAUGCCAUGUGGCACCUGCCGUCUGUUUUGCCAUGUUUUACUGAGUACAAGUAUAUGCCAUUUUCAAA